CAAAAUUUCUGCAGAGUGGGGGAUACUUUUCCAAGUGAUACUCACGUUGAAAUUUUUUACUUUUCAAGAUAUCAACCAAGCCCUUAAACUCCUUACUUCAGAUCACAAAACAUAUGAAGCAGAGUAAAGGCACAAACAAGAGCAACAGGCAUUUUGCAAAAAUGAACCUUAACUUUUGCUACUUUAUAGGACUAUGAAUUCCAAAGGAGAGUUGACAGAGGACUGAGUGUUCUCCAUGAUUUUCCUAAAAACCCUGAUACAACAUCCUGGAGAAGGCAACAUGAAUGUGGAGCAGCAUGAUACAUAGGAGAUAUGCAAGUAGCAAAGCCAGUCUGUAUUAAAAAUAUAAAGGAUAUAAGGUAGACCAGAAGAGAGAUGUUUCCUUAUAUCACAUUUGACUAAGGAUAUAAUUCCCUUGUAGAAAGGCAAUCGAUGUUAUAUUUGAGUUAUGAGUUCUAUUGUUUAUAAUAUAUUCUGUAGGUAUGAGAUAUAUUGCUUAUAGAAUAUUCUGUAUUUCAUAGUAAUGAAGGGCCUAUGAUCAUAACUAAAGCUAAGGCUCUAGGAUGCAGAAAGUUUUUAUUGAUUGAUUAACUACUGAUAGUGAGACCAGGGUAGAGGUUAUAAGCAAAGGUUUUAGAGAUACAAUUGGGUACAAAUUUUAGCCUUAUUAUAUUACACACUAGCUUUUUGACCCAUCUAGGUUAUUGUAUAUCUAUGGGCCUCAAUUUCUACUUUCCAUCGAAAUAUCUAAUUUCUAUGGGCCUGUUAUUUCCAUUGGAGUAACUACCUCAUAGGAUUAUUUCAAGGACAAAAUAAACUAUCUGCAAAUUACUUAGUAGUGUCUGACACAGAUGGGUCAUUAAUAGUUGCUCUUAUUAAUUAUUAAGACUAAAUGGUCUGUAAUUUUUCCUUUAAAAGCUAGAAAAUAAAUUCCUUGGAAUUUAAAGCUCAUUUUCUCUCAUUUGUUUUGUUUUGAAAGUGAGCUUGAAGCAUUCUGAAAAGGAAAACAAGCUUGGCAUAAGAAAGCCAAACUAAUUUGAUUUAAAAAAUUCUUUAUUUACAAACUUCAAAACCUCUAACAUUGGAUGGAUAUAUUAAAUAUUUUGAAAAGAUGAUUAAGAAUCUAUCAUCUUUCCAGUAUGUUUUCACCGUACAUUUUGCUGAUAAAUUUCUUAUGAUAUUCAGCUCAAAAAAAAAAAAAACCCACAUCAAAGGGAAAAUCCCCUUCUUUGCCUUCACAAAGCAUUAACAAAAGUAUAAAAUUAUCUUAUCAAUGAACUUAAGUGAUUAUUAACCAUCCAGUUAUUUUGACAAUAAAAGCAAAAAAAAAAAAACAAAAAACAAAAAACCUGGUUUGAUUGACUUUAUACCUAAACUUAUUCUAUUUUUUUUUAAAUUACAAAACAUGUAUAUUUAUCAAUGGGUCACAAAACAAUCUGCCCAUUUCAGUAGCUGCCCACUCUUGAAACAGCACCUUCAUCUAUGUGGACCACAGUUCCUAACAUCUUAUCAAUAAUCAGUCCUGCAGAGUUGGCAGAAUCUUGAUAUGGUCAAGGUCGAUCUUUUGAAAAUUCAGAUACAAAAUGAUUUUAAAUGUCGUUUCAGCGUUUUGUUCUUAUAAAAGAAACAAUUCAUUAUUAUAGUUUUAUUCCUUCUCUGAAACUAUACUUUUGCAUUAUUCAAAAGUGCAGUUUUAAUUUUAACAGAAAACUUUUACUUUGCCUUAGAAGACCAAAUAAACAAUAUGAAUUGUCUUCCCUGGUUCUGUGGCUUAUUAUCAACCACUAUAUUUUUCUUUACAAUUAUCAAAAGAUUUGUAUUUUAUAUAUUUCAUAACCAUUUAUACUAGACCAUACUUCAUUUCAAUAGUAGGAUAGCACGUGACCAGGAAUAUCUCAUUGUCUUUAAGGCAGCAGUGAAGAAGUUAAUUCAUAGCUGCAUUUAUGAGUGAGAUUUAUUUUUGACCUGUGGUAAAAAGCUUUACCUUUCAAUUACUAAACUAUUUUUCCCAAGUGUCAAGAAGUCAUACUAGUAUAAAAGAGAUUAACGUAGCUAUAAAAGUAGUUUUUGUUUAAGUAAAGUUUGGAAUUAAAAAAUAGGGCAGUAAGUUAAAAAUCAGUUUCAAUCACUGGAACUACCAGAAGGAAUAGGAAAAGGAUGGGGUCGGGGAAGGGGUGGGGGGAGGAGAGCAAGAGAGACGAGAUUGAGAUUGAUUUUGAGAUCUUCAAGCUACACAUCACCCAUUUUCUUGUUUUGUUUUGUUUUGCCUUCUGGCAUUAUAAUAUUAGAGAUCUGGACAGCCGAACACCGAACCGUUUCCUCUUACUUUAAAGAUUUAAACGAUAAUAUUUUUAAAAAGUCUUCCUGGGUACAUCAGGAAUACUAUUCCAAAGCCAUGCGGUAGGGUGUGAAAUCAGAGUAUUCUUCAAACAAACACGACCUUUUCUGUUUCUUGUACUGCUCUUCUCAACCCAGCCAGAAAACCCAGACAAGUUUAUUUACACACACACCCGCACACGCGCGCACACACACACACACACCCACCCACCCACACGCAGAGAGAGCGGCGGAAACACCCUCUUUCUAGCCCUUCCAAACAAUUAUCUCCGAGAGCAAAAAAGAAAAUAAUCAACAGCCCUCUGUGCUGGGCGGCUGAGCCGGAGAGCCGGGCGCGAGGAGGGAGGGCCAUCGGCGGGCGAGUCGGGAAACGUGGCUCCUCCGGCGAGCAGAGGAUUUGUGAAGGGGAGCGCCGGCCCGCGUGCGCCUCUUGUUCCCCGUGUAAUUUGCAGCCAAUCAUCAGGGGUGAUGUGCAACUAAUUAAAGGCAGACUGGCAGCGUCUGCAAAUUCUAAGGCUCCCCAAAUAAAAAGAGACUGUUGUAACAGUUGGAGGAUAAUGCAAAGGAAGACGCUGCCUGGGAAUUCACCGUCUGUGGACAUGCGCCCCAGAGAGGAAUAAAGCAGUCCUCACCUUGCUCUCCCCACCCAGACCCACUUUCCCCUCCCGCCUCGGCCCCCACCCCGACACCACCAUCACCCCCUUCCCUCCCCCCACCUCCCCCCCUUUCCCACCCAGGUGUCGGACCAGACGGUCCCCACUUCCACCCUGCACCCCUUCUUCCCCCCCUGCACCAUGAACACCAAUGUCUGCGUGGAGCCCGGGCCGAGCCCGGAGGCCCCGGGCUUGCCCAAGGAAAGCCACCUGCCCGAGGGGGCCCUGAACAGCCUUGUGGAUUACAACUCGGAGAUGGAGCGCUACCGCUCCUUUGCCACCUCCUUCUACAAGACCAACGGGGGCGCCUUCCCGCAGGCGGCCAAGAUCGCGCGCAUCACCACCCCCAUCUUCCCCAGCAGCGCCGCCGCCGCCGCGGCCGCCGCGCGCAUCGGCAUGUCCCCCUGGAACUGCGACAACGCGGCCACCGCCGCCGCCGCCACCGCCAUGCUCUGGGGCAGCGGCGGGGGCGGGGGCGGCGGCGGGGGCGGCGGCGGCGGCGGGGGCGGUGGCGGGGGCGGCGGGGGCGGCAGGAAAUCCUCCUCCGCCGCCGCCUCCUCCUCCGCCUCCUCCUCGGCGAUUCUCCCCGCCGGCGGCGGCGGCGGUGGCGGCGGCGGCGGCGGCGGCGGCGGUGGCGGCGGCGGCGGCGGUGGCGGCGGCGGCGGCAGCAGGACCAGCAUGCACCACCGAAACGACUCCCAGAGGCUGGGGAAAGCUGGCUGCCCGCCAGAGCCGUCGUUGCAAAUGGCAAAUACUAAUUUCCUCUCCACCUUAUCCCCUGAACACUGCAGACCUUUGGCGGGGGAAUGCAUGAACAAGCUCAAAUGCGGCGCUGCUGAAGCAGAGAUAAUGAAUCUCCCCGAGCGCGUGGGGACUUUUUCCGCUAUCCCGGCUUUAGGGGGCAUCUCAUUACCUCCAGGGGUCAUCGUCAUGACAGCCCUUCACUCCCCCGCAGCAGCCUCAGCAGCCGUCACAGACAGUGCGUUUCAAAUUGCCAAUCUGGCAGACUGCCCGCAGAAUCAUUCCUCCUCCUCCUCGUCCUCCUCAGGGGGAGCUGGCGGAGCCAACCCGGCCAAGAAGAAGAGGAAAAGGUGUGGGGUCUGCGUGCCCUGCAAGAGGCUCAUCAACUGUGGCGUCUGCAGCAGUUGCAGGAACCGCAAAACGGGACACCAGAUCUGCAAAUUUAGAAAAUGUGAAGAGCUAAAGAAAAAACCUGGCACUUCGCUAGAGAGAACACCUGUUCCCAGCGCCGAAGCAUUCCGAUGGUUCUUUUAAAGCAGUAGUAUAUCUUAUUUUCAAGGCAUUUGGAAGUGAAGGGCAAACUAAUGUCUUGUUUUAAGAAACUGCUUAGUCCACCACUGAAGAAAAUAUCCAGAUAUUAUUUUCAUUUUAUGUAUAGGGGUUUCUUCAAAAAAAAAAAAAGGAAAAGAAAAGAAAAGAAAAAAAAGACAUAGAAAUAAUCUGGGAGCUUGGGGAAUUGGCCAGUCUAUUUACUUUCAAUACACUGAUUCUUUCUUUGAUGUAAUUUAGCUAUACUAGUGAAGUUGUUGUCUAUUUUGAAAGUGGCUGUAAAAAAUAAGUUUGGGUAAACCCCUGCUGUAAAAUCAUGUAUCUUUGCAAAGUACAUAUCUAUACUUCAUUUUCAAAUAUAUGUGUUUCAGUACUGUAAACUGUACAGAUAGCAGCUUGUAUUUUGUGUGUUUAGACACAAGGAGACAAUCAUGUCUGAGCAUCUAUGGAGAUUAACAGUUUGUACACAACACUAUGGUUCUGCGAGUUAAAUCUGGAGCAAUAAAUUUUAGCUUUAAAUAUUUUUUGCCAGUUGUUUCUAGAAGCAGCAACAGCAGUGGCAUGUUUUGCCAUGCAUCUUUCCGUAGAGACUUGAUGCCAAGUUUUACAAGACUAAAAGAUGAUCAUGCAUCCAGCAAUUACCUUUGGUUGUAUUGUUCUAAGAGGGGAAGAUGUUAUGAAAGUUUCAAUUAAUCUUUUGAGCACUAUAUUAGAGUAGUGGUUAUGCACUUGCAUUGCUUACAAACGAGCUGUACAGAAGGGUAUACCUCCCAAAUCCUUAGUGUAGUUGACUUGUCUUGGGUCGCACUGUAAGGCGGAGUACUCAGAGUAGUUGGAACAUGCAGAAUCGGUUGUAUAAAUUUUUUUCUUUAAGCAUUGUCUUCUAGGAUGCAAGAUAAAGUAUCAUGUCUUAGGGAAGAAAUUCAUGACUGACUUUUAUUUUUCCCCAGCCCAACAUGGGUUGUAUGUAUUUUCUGUUUAUUUUUCGCUGUUUUUUUUUUUUUUUUUUUUUUGGUAGAAAGAUAAACACUUAAGAAAACAUACCCUAAUGUUUUCAUUCCAUGUAUAAUAUUAAAAGAGUAGUUUGAUUUUUAAAAUGUGAAUACAUAAAGGCCUCCUACAUUGACAUGGCUGAGUACAUUUUUAAGUUAAAAAAAAAAAAAAGAAUUAAACACAUUCAUGAAAGCGAGGCUUUUAAAUCUCUUUUCAUCUUCCUUUCUCAGAGCCUCCCAGUUGGAACAGUGGAAUGUUCCAUUGCUCCCAUUCCCAUUCUUGUCGCUGGAUGCUUUUAUUCCUGAGGAGGCAGUGCCACAGUCAGUGGAAUUCCAUAAAUGCAAACAGCCCUCAAACAAAAGGAGCGAAUGCUUCAUAGGACCUGUGCUACCUUUUCACAUACUAUUUGGUUUUCUUCUGGCAUCAGGGGUCUUAAGGCUGUCCCAUUAAGACAAAUAUUUGUGAUGACAUGAUACUUAAGAAUUUUAUUUCUAAUUUUUUUUUUUUUUUUGGCCAGAUUAUAAAGACUGUUUUCAGCUUCAGGAAUAAAACAGAGUUUAGCAAAAACACAUAGUGUAUCGAAGUUGCCAUGUUACCCGUAACUUUUUGUUCUUUAUCCACUAGCCGGCUAUUUUAGCCUGUGACAUCCAUUAGCCUGCUGAAAAGUGUUAGCAAAACGGAUCAUGCGAAGAAAAAUAACUUGAGAAGAGAAAGGGUGAUGAAAAGGACUGUAAAGUUUUAGAAAGACUAGCAGACGAAUGAUUUUUAAAGGCUAGUAGUAGUUUUGAAUGGGAAAUAAAUACGGCAGAGGAGAUUUUUUUCAAGGCAGAAGGAGCACUUCAUCAUUGGAGUGCUGGCUGGAGGGGUGGAGAGAAGGUACUUACAAAUGCCAAUGUGAAAAACAAUGUGACUUAACUUGCCUAGAGUAUGAAUGCAAGGUCUACAGUUACUGUCAAAUAGCCUGUUUGAUAUGAAUUCAUUAUGUAUUCCACUUAUCCAUGUGUAGAGAAGAGAAUUAUAUAAACACAAGUUAAAACGUGCUGUAUAUUAAUUUUGAGAUAGCUUUCUACUUGAUGUAUAUUCCUUUGAAGGUUUCUAGUUAGAAUUUCUCUUUCUGCUGUGGGACCAAUGAGAGCAAUAUGAGUUUUUUCUUGUUCCAUUUUUUAAUUUUAUUUUACUUAUUUUUUGAAACCAGUUUGCUAAUUAAUUACAAGUAAGUGAAAAUUUACUUUCACACUUGAAUGGUAAGCUUGCCUUGCUUUUUGGAAAAUGAUGAUUGUUACUACAGAAUUGACACAAACUUUCCUUCAGGCUGCAUUAGGCAUACGAUAACAUAAAGAUCUCAUAGCAAUGUACUGUGAGUCUAAAAUACAUGCUAGUAUUGCAUGUCUUGAUGUGUUUUUGUUUGUUUGUUUUCUUAAAGAAUUAAUGAAUCUGUAUAUUGUAAAAGGUGGUGUUUUACAUGUCAAUUCCGUUUUUUAAUGAACGAAAAUCUGUUGAUUAUUGAAAUGGAAAAGUGCAGCUUUUUAAAAAUUCUCUUAUGUGUUUUUAUUCUUGAUACUGUUCUUUUACACCAGCCAUUUUUUAUGUUUUUUGGUAAAACUCUAUGUAAUGUAGGGUGCAUCUAAAGUUCUCGUUGGUGAUGUUGAAGACAGAUUACCCUUCCGGCCUCCCCGCCCCCCUUCUCUUCCCUGUAAGUCCAUGUAUCAAGAACUAGUAAAGCAUAUCGUUACAGCCCUGAGGGAGUGAUUGAAUGAUUUACAUUUUUCAUGAUUCUAAAAUACCAAUGAAAUGUAACUUUCAAACAUUCCUCACUGUUUGUUUCAUAUUCAGUUGCAAGAAAAAUCCGGAAGAUAGUGAUCAGAAUAUAAAUCACGUGGACUCUCUAUACAACUUAGAAAUUACAUAUCAGAUAAGACAGAGGAAAAACGUAGGAACGCAGGAAUCCUGCCUUCUCUGGGUGUAGAUAAGGAGAUGCCAUAUACUGUCAGGAUUUGGGGAGAGCAUGGAAAGGACUUGAGGUGUCAGCCAGUGGUGCAGUGAAUCCAUUCCUUUGUCAGCUGUCACGCACCACCCUAAAAGCACAAGAACACGAGAGUGCAAAUCUCUUUCUAGGCCUUCAAACCAAAGGGGCUUUCUGAUGGAUUCUGCCUGUCUGUGCACAAGUGGAGGCGUAUUAACAAAGGAGGAGUGUGUCCAUCCUUGGGAGAGAAAACAGUAGUAGUCUUCCCCCAGGGAAAGGCUGUAUAAAAAUGUCUCCUGGUUGCUUAAUUCCCAGGACCCAACCUUCUUCUAAACACAUUUGUAGGGAGUGAGAGAUGGUAGGCGUCCUGUGAAUUAAUAUUAAACAAUCACUCAAAGAAAGGAAUAUUCCCUUCCUUUCAUUCAGAACCCCUGGCAUGUAAGUUGUACAAUUAAUACUAAAGCAUACAAAGUCUUUAAGCCGAUAGUGUCUGUAAUCAAAUAAUGAAAAAAAAGGAAAGCAGUUAAAUGAACACACUAUUCAGGGUCAAAUAUGUAGAGCAAAAAGCUGUAGUGGGUCUUUGAUCAUGGCUAGAUUCACAGUGAUAUCAAACAGUUGGUUCUCAUGUAACAGCUAAAUGUUUCAGAUUUUGUUUUUAUUAAAUUUGGCAGUUUCACACUGAGAUCUGUAUUCCUAGUGAAUAAAAGAUAGCUACUAUGUUAGGAGGGAUUCCAUUUUCACAAUUGCAAGGAAGUCAGAGCUAUUUCAGGAACAUGGGCCACAAAAUGUACUCCUUUCACAGUGUUCUCCUAUUCUGAACUGUGCAGUUAUCUAUUACAUUUUCUAAUAGAUAUUUGUGUAAGGUGUAUGUAUGCUUGUGCAAUUAUUAAAAAAAGCAGUUUUGGAAAACAAUGUAUUUAUUAAAGAAAAUUACUUAUGGGGCAUGUACAAAACUGUAAAAAAAAAAAAAAAAAAAAAAAAAAGCUUAAAAAAAACACGUUCAAUUUGCCCAGUAAAGUUGUUUUUGUGAAAUUUCUGUGUUGUUGAAUAAAGUACUUUAGUAUUCAAAAUA